AUGGAGACCAGCAGCUUCCAAUAUCCCAUCCGGGAAACAAAGACGAUUUCUGUCCUUUCGACUGACACCGAAACGAGCAGAGACGGCGUUGCUGUUGUCACCCCCAAAAAGAAUACACAUAGAAAAACCACAAUCUCAAUUGCUGAGCAGCCUCCCUCCCCGACAAGAAGCACCGGCAAUUGCGAAGACGAAAUGCUGCACGAGGCAGCCGCCCAGUGUCACUGCUCGAUUGAUGAAAUCGAAGACAUCUACGCGUGCACUGCGCUGCAGGAGGGCAUGAUGGCCCUCACCUUCAAAGACUCCUCCGCCUACACCAUCGAGUACGAAUACCAGCUGCCCUCGGGCAUCGACUGCAAGCGUCUCCACGAGGCCUGGCAGCAGACUGCGCGGGCCAGCCCGAUCCUGCGAACCCGCAUCAUCUCAACUAGCCAGCGUGCAUGCCUUCAAGUCGUCCUCCACGGCACGAUUCCAUGGCUGGUUCAGUCUGACAACGACGGGAUGCCCAGUGAUACCGGCAUCGCGUGGCGAGCGGGAGCCCCUCUCGCAUACUUUAUCCUUAAUGUCACUCGAAUGACCUUGAAAGUGGUGCUCCAUCACUCGGUAUGUGACGACUGGUCGAUGGCCUUGCUUCUGCGCCAGGCUGAUGCGGCCUACCGCGGCGAGUCCCUCAUCGACCGCCCUUUUCGGCCGUUGGUCGACUACGUCGAAAGGACUCGCGCUCACGCGAACGAAUUUUGGGCCACAGAGUUUCGCGAUGCCCACCAAGUGGACAUGCAGGCCUUCCCUCCUUUACCCACGACGGGGUACGUUCCCCGUCCAACGGAGAGGCUCGAGAGAACCAUUGCCAUGCCCGCUGACACGAGCGCUGCGUUUACCAUCAACACCAAGCUGCGACUGGCAUGGGCUUUGCUACAGUCCCUCUAUACCGGUUCCGACGAUGUCUUCUUCGGUGCCGUGAGCGCCGGUCGUGGCGUUUCGGUGCCUGGAGCACAGGAGCUGUGUGGACCAGCUCUAGCCACGAUCCCGGUCCGUGUCCAGCUGAACCCAGAGCAGCGAGUGUCUGAUGCCCUCGCCACCGUGCAAGGGCAAUGGGCAGCCAGCAUGGAGUUUGAACAUGUGGGAUUGCAGAAUCUUCUGCACCUAGGACCGGGCCCUGAGGCGGCGUGUCAAUUCCAAACCCUGCUUUCUGUGGAGCCCCGGGACGGCCACCAAGUUCCCGCCCUCUUCUCUCAGCCCAAAUCAGUUCAGAGGGCGUACGAUCUCUACUCCUUGAUUCUCAGGUGCCGUCCACUUACGGGUGGCAUGUGGAUUGAGCUCCGAUUCGACCCGGCCGUCAUCGAGGCCCACCAGACAAAGCGCAUCCUCUCUCAGUUCAUCCAUAUCUACCAGCAGAUCGAAAAAGAACCAUACCGGGGACUGUCGGAGAUCGAAUCCGUCAGUUCGGAGGAUCGAGAGCAGCUUGCGCUUUGGAAUGUGCUCGACCCUCCUUCCGCUACGCCACCGUGCGUGCACCAACUGAUUGCCCAGCGCACACACCAACAGCCGCACUCAACCGCGAUUAGCAGCUGGGAUGGAGACCUCUCAUAUCAGAAGCUCGAUGAUCUGUCUGGGGCAUUUGCUGCACGCCUGGUCGAGCAUUCUGUCGGCCCAGGGGCAUUUGUACCACUGUGUUUGGAAAAGUCCAAGUGGAUGGCGGUGGCAAUGCUUGGUGUGAUGAAAGCCGGCGGUGCAUUUGUCUUGUUGGACUCGACCUAUCCUAUGUCCAGGCUGCAGGAGAUGUGCCAGAGAGUCAACGCGCGGCUGAUUGUGGCCUCGCAGCAGCAGAUUCAAGUCGUAUCCGAGCUUGGAGUGCCCACGAUUCUAGCUGUCGACCAGCUUGACCUGGAUAAAACCAGCCAAGAGAGACAAAGCCCUCGACCGGUAGUCGGCCCUUCAGACAAUAUGUAUGUGACUUUCACAUCCGGGUCAACAGGUACGCCCAAGGGCGUCAUUGUUACCCAUGCAGGAUAUGCCGCCAGUGCCUUGGCCCACGGAAAGCCAUAUCAUUUCACGCCCGAAUCACGGGUGCUCCAGUUUGCAUCGCCAGCAUUUGACUCGUGCAUAAUCGAGCAUCUCAGCACCCUCAUGAUGGGCGGUUGUAUCUGCAUUCCGUCCGCUGCAGACUGUCAUAGCAAUCUCGAGGAAGCCAUUAACCAAUUCGCAGUCAGCGUGGCCUGCCUCACACCGACUGUAACACGGAUCCUGAGCCCAGAUCGACUGUCCACCCUGAAGGUCCUUGCCUUUGUUGGAGAGGCGGUCUUGGCCAGUGACAUUGCCCGCUGGAAGGAGUUUGUGCAGGUUCGCAAUGCGUAUGGCCCGGCAGAAUGCUCGGCAGUGUUCAGUGUGCAGCCCAAUCUCCAGCACCGCCAGCCGACCAACAUUGGAUUCCCUACGGGUGGCGUUGGCUGGGUGGUGCAUCCCCGGAACCACCAGAUACUCAUGCCGGUGGGAUGUCCCGGCGAGCUGGUAAUCGAGGGUUUGAUCGUGGGCAAUGGCUAUCUCGCCAGCCCCGAACAGACCGCGCAGGCAUUCAUCAAAGCCCCAGUCUGGCGCCGGCAGUUUGGGGCCAUGUCCACGCCACGAAUGUAUAAAACCGGUGACCUGGUCCAGGCUGCUGGCGAUGGCAGCUUUCGCUAUCUGGGACGGAAGGAUACCCAGGUGAAGCUACACGGACAGCGGCUGGAACUGGCCGAGAUCGAGCAUCAUCUCCGUCGAUCGUUUCCACAUGCCCGCCAGGCGGUUGUCGAGAUGCUGCGGCCGACUCACAUUGAACCCGGCGACAGUCGCCCAGACGCGAUACUCACGGCGUUUGUCUGUCUGCCCAUGACACUGACCCCCGAGGAAGAGAAGGAGAUGGAGAAGAAUCUGUUCCUCCCGCCAAACGACGAGUUCCGGGCCGCCUGUGCCUCCGCGGAAGCUCGUUUGUCCGACGUGUUGCCGGCGUUUAUGGUGCCGAGAAUCUUCCUACCUCUCUCGCACAUGCCCUUGACCCCGUCUGGGAAAACCAACCGUCGGUACCUCCGUGACCAGGCCAACCUGCUGUCAUGGGGAAACAUGCGAGCAUACCGCGUGGCCGAGGCGGAACCUCAGCGGCCCUCGAACGCGCACGAAGAGAAGCUGCAGCAAAUUUGGGCACAGACACUGAACCAGUCGGUUGAGAAGAUCGGGGUCAACGAGAGCUUCUUCCGCCUUGGUGGCGAUUCGAUCAGUGCCAUGCAGGUCGCUGCCAGCUGCCAGGCUGCUGGAUUGAACGUGAUGGUGGCUGAUAUCUUCCGCUUCCCAACCAUCGGAAAACUGAGUCAGAAGAUUCAAGAAUCGAAUGGCCCUCAACUUCACACUCCAAGCUUGGAGGACGACCCGAUCGAGACCAAGUUUGGCCUCACUCCAGUGCAACAGCUGUGGUUCGAACAUGUGCCUGACGGACACAACAAAUUUACCCAGGAGUUCCUCCUCCGAGUCACACGGCCAACGUCGGUGUCCAAGCUCCGUAAGGCGGUCCAGGCAGUGGCAGCCCGUCAUUCGAUGCUUCGAGCUCGUUAUGAGCAGGACGAGGAUGGAGAGUGGACGCAGAUGAUUGGCCGGGAUGUGAACAGCAGCCUUCGCUUCAGGGAGCAUUGGCUGCCGUCUCUGGAGGAUCAGGAAGCCGUGCAGCAGAUCUUCUCAGACAGUCAGAGCGUGUUGGAUAUCCAGCAGGGAAUCCUCCUGGUGGUGGAUCUGAUUGAGACCGAAACGCAGGAACAGUACCUGGGCCUGAUGGCUCACCACCUGGCUAUCGAUCUGGUUUCCUGGCGUGUGGUGCUGCAGGAUCUCGAGGAUAUUCUCACCACUGGUCGACCCCUGCAACCGACCUCGCUGUCAUUCCAGCAAUGGUCACGCCUGCAGCAGGCAUAUGCCGAAGAGUCUCUCGAUCCGGAGGUCACGAUGGCGACCCCUAUCCCGGCGCCCCCCUUAAGCUAUUGGGGUCCGCGGAAGACCUGGGGCUCCAACACUUGGGCAGACACGGUGCAGAAGUCCAUCACAGUCUCACCGGAGACAACCGAAGCAAUUCUCGGACCAGCGAAUGAUGCGUUCCACACCCGGCCGGUGGAGAUUAUACACACUGCCAUUCUCCAUGCCUUUGCUCAAACGUUCGACAACCGGCCGUCGCCCACCAUAUUCAGCGAGGGUCAUGGUCGUGAGCCAUGGGAGGCACACAUUGAUGUCUCCCGAACGGUUGGGUGGUUCACCACUAUCGCACCAUUGUUCGUGAGGGCAAAGAAAGGACAGGACAUUACCGAACUCUUGAAGCUCACCAAGGAUGGACGGCGUGCAAUUCCAAAGAACGGGUGGGAGUACUUUGCCUCUCGCUAUCUCCACCCCGAAGGCAUGAAUUACUGCCAGGGCCAUUCUCCGAUGGAGAUUCUCUUUAACUAUACCGGGCUUUUCCAACAGCUCGAGCGCCCCGGUGCGCUGCUCCAGUUGGCAUCGGUGCCUGACCAAGGCCUUGUGCCGAUGCCGGAGGAUCUGCCGCGGAUUUCUCUGAUUGAUGUGACGGCCACGGUGAUGCAUGGGUCUCUCAACGUGUCAUUUGUGCUCAACAAGAAGACAAGGAAUCAGGACCGUCUGCAGAAGUGGAUAGAUACAUGCCUGGAGACCCUGGAAGCUUUGCCAAAGAAACUACAACAAGACAACUGGCUUACAGUUUCCGACUUUCCACUCCUAUCACUGAAGAACGACGACCAGCUCCAGGGUUUGCUGCAACAGAUCUCCGGCCAGUUUGGUGUCUCGCUCUCUGCAAUCGAAGACAUCUACCCCUGCUCGCCUAUCCAACUAGGCAUGUGGCUCAGCCAGGUGAAGAACCCGCAGAUCUACUGGUCCCAUAUUAGAUGGUCACUCCAUCCCUUGCCGGGCGCUUCAAAGCCAGUCGAGACGACUAGAAUACAGCAGGCGUGGCAGCAAGUGGUGGACCGUCAUCCUAUAUUGCGUACUGUCUUUACCGAUAGCACGACUGACCAUAGCCACCCGGUGCAAGUGGUUCUGAAGGCAGUUCAGGCAGGCAUCCAGAUUGUAACAGAGCCUGAAUCAAGCAAAGAUAGCGAAGAUCAAGCGCUGGCCGAUCAAGCUCUGUUCAACCAAAAAGCACGACCAGCGCAUCAACUAACGGUAACCCUUCAACCGAAUGGCAGCGUCUCCUGCAACCUGACAGUCCAUCAUAUGCUUGUCGACGGUGUCACUGAAAAUAUCCUUCUCACUGAUUUCCACCGCGCGUAUGAUGGGAAUCUUGACAACAAAACAGUAAGCCGAUACGGCAAAUACGUCGAAUAUCUGCAAUCCCACCGCCAGUCAGGCUCGGAGGAGUACUGGACACAGUAUUUGGAGGGUGUCAGCCCGAGCAUCUUUCCUUUCCUCACCACCGAGCCUGCAGGCAAAAAGCCCGCCAGUCUGAAAUCGAUGCCAUUCAACUUUGACAUUGGAAGACGUUUGCGAUCCUUUUGCCAGCAUCAUGGAAUCACCGUAUCGAGCCUGUUUCAGUUGGCAUGGGGGCUUGUGCUUCGUGCCUAUACAGGGUCGGAAUCUGUGUGUUUCGGGUACAUCCAUUCAUGCCGGGACAUCCCGUUACAAGAGGCCCGAGAGGUUUGUGGCCCCCUCAUUAAUCUACUGAUUUGUCGUCUGUCUCUGGGUAAUGAGGAGCCGUUGCUCGCAGCCCUCAUGGAAGCCCAGGACAGCCACGCACGGAGCAUUGACCACCAGCACUGCUUCCUGGCAGAAGUCAUGCAUUCUUUGGAUUUACAAGGACAACCUCUUUUUAACACCGCCAUGUCUCUGCAAAAGGAGACUGCCGGCCAGCCGCUUGACUCACAGCAAGAUGUUGUACUAGACUCUCGGGGUGGGAUUGACUUUACAGAGUAUGAUGUGACUGUCAAUAUCACGACCAACGAGAGCGCUAUCCAUGGUGAUCUUACAUAUUGGAGCCACGCUUUGUCUGAUGCACAAGCAGAGCUGAUUGCCGACACUCUCGGUCAUAUUGCCUUGCAACUGAUCGAUCCUGCCAAUACCCGGCUGGGUGAUCUGAAUUUCUACAGCCCGAAGAACAAAGAAUGGAUGCUGGAUUUGAAUCGAAGCCUGCCAGACACAGUCAAGUCUUGUAUCCACAGCGACAUCAGUCGACAUAGCCUUAUGUCUCCCGAGAGUUGCGCAGUGGCUAGUUGGGACGGCAACUUCUCACACCAUGAACUUGAUCUUCUCUCUUCAUCACUUGCCCGUCAUCUCUCCGAUCGCGGUGUCGGCCCUGAAGUUUUUGUCCCUGUGUGUUUUGAAAAGUCCAAAUGGAUACCCGUUGCGAUGUUGGCUAUCAUGAAAGCCGGUGGCGCGUUCAUCUUGCUGGACCCAUCACACCCAGUGGAACGGUUGCAAAAGAUGAUACAAGAAGACUUUCAAUCUCCAGUCAUUGUAACAUCAACUAGCCUCGUGGGAAAUGCAUCCCGCAUUGCACCAGAGGUCGUCGUGGUGGAAGCUGCGAGCCAUGGAUGGGUGUCACAUCCCAAACCGCCAACGCCCUCAACACCACAAUCACCGCAAUGUGCGGCUUAUGCUGUGUUUACAUCGGGCUCCACCGGGAACCCAAAGGCGACAAUCGUUGAGCAUCAAGCCUUCCGCUCAGCCGCAGCUGCCCACCAGAGGGUCUUUCAGCUUGACCAGCAUUCCCGCGUACUUCAAUUUGCCUCCUAUGCCUUUGAUGUCAGCAUUUUGGAAAUCCUGACUACGCUUUUAGCCGGUGGCUGCGUCUGCAUUCCAAGCGAGAGUGACCGGCAAAGCAAACUGGCCGAGACAAUUCAGGAAUUGAAUGUAAACUGGAUGAUGUUGACUCCUUCCGUCGCGCGGACUCUCAAUGCUCAGGAGAUGUCAGAUACACUGGAAGUACUCGUGCUUGCAGGAGAAGGCAUGACCAACGAUGACAUCCGACAAUGGUCACCGUUUGUCCAUUUGAUGAACGGAUACGGCCCUUCGGAAUGUUCCGUGAUUGCUACGGUUCAACCGUCCACAGAAUGCCUCAUGAAUGACCCGUCGAAUAUCGGGCAUCCCGAAGCGGCUGUGAGCUGGGUCGUGCAUCCAUCAUACCCGAAUAAACUCAUGCCUGUUGGUGCUGUCGGUGAGCUGGUGAUUGAAGGGCCGAUUGUCGGCCGGGGCUACGUCAAUCGUCCACAACAAACGGCCACUUCUUUCCUAUCGUAUCCCGCUUGGCUCAGUGAAGCUCGUGGCUCCGACAAGGGCUGUCUGUAUCGAACUGGGGAUAUGGUCCGACUGCUAGUGGAUGGGACUCUACGGUACGUAGGACGAAAGGAUCGCCAAGUAAAGCUGCGAGGCCAACGCAUUGAACUGGCUGAGAUCGAGCGCCACGUUCAGUUGUGUUAUCCUGGAAGCAAUCCAGAGGUUUUUGUGGAUCUCGUGGCCCCGUUGACCUCCGAUAACCCGUACUUGGUUGCUUCAAUUGUUCUGCCGUCGCAGAAAUACGACGAGCAGGUUUUCCAGGAUGACGUGGUAGAGACCCGAACCCGUCUACAAAAGGAAGUACCCUCAUUUCUAAUUCCUUUUGCUUUCCUGCCCGUGCUGGAAAUACCUCGACUGGUGAAUGGCAAAAUGAACCGACAUCGAUUACGGCAAAACGCAUCGCAAGGUCUCCAGCGGCAGUUGGACCAGUCGGGAGGACAGGAGAAUGUGCGACAGGUCGAAAAUCUGACGGCAGUGGAGAGAAGAUUGCAGUUCAUCUGGGCCCAGGUGCUAAGUCGCCCCGUUGAGAUGAUUGGGCCGGACGACAACUUCUUCCGUCUGGGCGGAGAUUCGAUCGCAGUCAUGAAGCUGGCAUCUACAGCGAGUGCUCAGGGACUGCAACUAUCUGUGCCGGAUGUAUUUCUGCAUCCAAAGCUCAGAGACCUGGCACGAUUGCAUUCUUUGCCCGAAGAAGAGCCAUCCUCAACCAUAGUGGAAGCAAAAGAGAAGAACAGCGAACCACGAUUCACUCUUCUUCCCUUGGAACAUCAUGAAAACGUGUGCAAACAAGCCGUUGCACAGUGUAAUGUUCCAGAGGACCAGAUCGAAGAUAUUUAUCCGUGCACUCCACUGCAGGCUGGUCUCGUAGCUUUGACAGCGGAACGCCCAGGAUCAUAUAUCGCUCAUCACAGGUUUCAACUAGCUCGUGAAAUUGACCUGGAAAGAUUAAAAAAGGCUUGGGAAAAGGUGUCAGCUGGAAAUAGCAUCCUACGCACCCGCAUGAUUGAAACGGAACUGGGCUUUCUUCAGGUGGUAACCAAGGACAAUCGGCUCCACUGGAUGACCGGCGAGAAAAGGGAAGAGAAGAAGCCAACAUGGGAGGUUCUGUUCGGACAACCAUUGGUGCAUUUUGAAAUUAUUCCAACAUCAGACAACCAGAUGGAGCUGGUGGUGACAGCACACCACGCCGCUUAUGACUCCUGGGCUCUGCCACUUCUCCUGCAGCGAGCACAGUUGGCCUACAAUGAUUUCAACUCGGACGGGCUGGUAUCAUUGCCUUUCCAGGCCUUCAUAGAAUAUACCAUGUCCCAAAAAGAAGCGGCCCUACAGCAUUGGCGCACGGAGCUUGAAAAUGUAAACACCGAUCCAUUCCCUUCUUUGCCCUCCCCAGCGUACCGGCCAAGUACGACAACACGGUUUGAGCGCUCCAUCUGGACGGGUCAAUUAAUGGAUGACGGCGUCAGUCGAAGCACGGCUAUCAAACUGGCUUGGGCUCUGGUGCAGUCCCAGUAUCAAAGCAGCGAUGAGGUCUUCUUCGGUAUGGUAUCACCUGGACGUACAGCCCCCAUCCGUGGAAUUGAGACCAUGGCUGGUCCAACAAUUGCUACAAUUCCUCUGUACGUGGUUCUUGAUGAGAACAAAACCGUAUCCGAAUCACUUGCGGAAUUACAGGAGCGGACUCUGGAAAUGAUUCCUUUCGAACACGUCGGACUGUCCCAGAUCGCUGCCCAAGGACCGGCUGCUGCGAGGGCUUGCUCUUUCCAGACGCUCCUCAUUGAAGGACGCGGUGAGGUUGACAACAUGCUAUCGGGUAUAGACAUUGCACGGCCCAUGGGCACGACUUACCAAGACGGGGCAUCUAACGCGUAUGCUGUGGAGCUGACUGUCAUCUUACAAAAAGACCAAUUGGUUGUCGAAGCCGCCAUUGAUGAGCACGUUGUGCCCCAAUGGGAAAUGCAGCGUAUCCUGGACCAGUUCAGUUACAUUCUGCAACAGGUCCACCAGAAGCCCCAGCAGCAAAUCCAAGAACUUUCCACGCUGAACCCCAAUGAUGUCCAGAGGCUGCAGCAGUCGAACUCCAAGAUCGAUUCUGAGUCUGAGUCUGAGCUGAUAGUUGAUGUGAUCCGCCAGCACUGCACCACGCAACCUUUGGCUCCAGCUGUCUGUGCCUGGGAUGGGGACCUUUCUUAUGACGAACUAAAUGUUCUUUCUGCAAACCUCGCCACUCUCCUGAGAUCCCAGGGUAUUGGACCCGAUGAUUUCGUACCCAUAUACAUGGGCCGAUCACGAUGGAUUGUGGUCGCGGUUCUGGCAGUCAUGAAGGCUGGCGCGGCAUUUGUGCUUCUUGACAUUCUGCACCCACCAGGGCGGCUUCGCACCGUUUGCCAGGAAGUCAAUGCUUCUGUCAUCAUUUCUUCAGUGGAAAGUCAAGAGACUGCACAGUCUCUCGUUCCGAAUGUUCUGAUUGCUGAAGAAAGUGAUCGUUCGGGUUUACCGGUAGCCAGCAGCUGGCCCCGUCUCAAUGCAGAUCAUGCAUUGUAUGCAGUAUUCACCUCUGGCUCCACCGGCAAGCCCAAAGGUGCAGUUGUCGAGAACGGGUCAUUUGCGACGAUGGCUGUUCCAUGGGCUCGAAUCAUGGGUCUUGAACCGAGUUCUCGGAUCCUUCAUUUCGCCUCCUAUGCCUUUGAUGUCAGCAUCCUCGAGAUUCUGGGCACAUUAUUUGCCGGUGCCUGCAUAUGUGUUCUGUCAGAGUCAGAGCGUAGAGACAAGAUAGCGCAAGCCGUUACCAAGCUGCAACCAUCUCACGCCGUAUUGACACCGUCUGUGUUGCGUGUGGUGACUGAGUAUGACCUGCCAUCUGUGCAUACAAUCAUGCUUAUUGGAGAGCCCGUCCGUGCAAGUGACGUCCAGCAAUGGGCACGAAAAGUGCGACUGUUGAAUACUUACGGGCCUGCGGAGUGCACGGUAGUCUAUACCAUGCAGCCAUCCAUCACCCCCGACUCCCAAGCGGCAAACAUUGGCUUCCCGAUUGCAGGCGCAGUUUGGGUAACAGAUCGCCGAGACCCCAGUCGACUCGUGCCCACCGGGGCAGUUGGUGAGCUUCUUCUCCAAGGGCCCCUUGUUGGUCGGGGUUAUUUGAACAACCCAGAGCAAACAGCUGCUGCAUUCAUUUCUGAGCCGCCGUGGGUUCAGAAGCUUGGAAUGGAAGGAAAAUACGACCGCAUGUACCGCACAGGCGAUCUCGUUCGGUACGAGGAAGAUGGGUCUCUCUCCUUCGUUGGGCGAAGAGACUUCCAAGUCAAGUUGCGAGGCCAACGUUUCGAACUUGGCGAAGUAGAAGAGCACGUCCAGCAGACGUUCCCCGGGGAAGUGGAGGAUGUCGUUGCUCAGAUAGUCACCCCGGCAGCACUCAUCAAGUCCCCCUGUCUGGUUGUCUUUAUUGUGCCAAAAGAAGGGCUGACGGCACCUGCACUGGAACCCUCACCCACGGUAACUCUGGACAUCGUGGCACCGACAGAUAUCAAAGAGAAGGUCGCCCAUACCAAAGAGCAGCUGCUGGACCUUCUUCCAGACUACAUGAUACCAACUGCCUUCAUACCCCUUCGACAUAUGCCCAAAACAAUCGGCGGGAAGGUGGAUCGGACGAAGCUACGAGAGUCCAUGGCGGAAGUAACACGCGACCAGCUGCAGUCCUUCUUUGCUCCCAAAUCCCACGGCAAGCGUGCUACCGCGACAGACGUCGAACGGGCCCUCCAGCGAAUCUGGGCGCGGGCGCUGGGCAUUCCGGCAGAACAGAUUGGCGUGGAUGAUAGCUUUUUCCGCUUGGGAGGCGAUUCCAUCUCUGCCCUGCAAGCCACCUCCCAAGCUCGUGCCGUAGGAAUCGACCACUCGGUCGGAGACCUGUUCCGCUUCCGGACCAUCCUAGAAGUCACCAAGCGCUUUGCUCUCGGCGCCCAGGACCGGGACUCGGAAGCGAAUGUGGAGAUGGUCUUGCCCUGUACCCCUGCCCAGAGAGGCAUCCUGGUGAGCCAGAUCAGAGACAGCAGCAGCUAUGUGACACACUUCAUCUGGCAGGUGAAUCUAGCAUCGGCUUCCCAGCAUGGCACGGCGGUGGUUGAUAUAGAUCGACUGGCACGAGCCUGGAGGCAGGUCGUGGCCUGGCAUCCGGCACUCCGGGCUGGCUUCCGCCCAAGUGUAUCUGGAAAUGGUCAAUUCGAGCAGAUACUGCUGCGUCAUGUCGACCCCCCGCUAGUGAUGGUCCAGUGUGACAUGGAGGAGGACCGACCAGGGGUGCCUACUGUGCUCAGUACAUCUUCCGCCGCUGUGACUCGCCACGACGGCCAGGCUGUUCCUCACCAGCUUACUAUCUGCACAACCCCCACAGGCCGUGUCUUUUGCCGAUUGGAUAUCAACCAUGUAAUCAUCGAUGCCAUGUCCUUGGCUGUUCUCGUGCGGGAUAUCGGUCGAGCUUACAGUAGCGACUCGGCUCUGGUGACUUCGCAAAACGACACAUAUCAGAAAUACAUCACCUUUGUUGAACAACAGUCACAAGAGCAGGCACGUGAGUACUGGAGCUCAUAUCUGGAAGACAUGCAAACCUCUCAACUUCCAGCUCCCCGACUUUCAGAGCCUUCAUCUCAUAAUUGUCUGGAGCUGUUGAACAUCACGCUCACGCAACGUGGGUCUGAUAUCGAGUCUUUCUGUCGCUCCAACGAGUGGACCGCGUCGAAUGUCCUUUACUUUGCCUGGGCUCUGACACUUGGUGCAUUCACUGGCUCGGAUGAUGUUUGCUUUGGGACAUUCUCGUCGGGCAGGCUAGUGCCUGUGCCUCACAUAAAUGAGGCAAUCGGCCAAUUUGCCAAUGAGUCCAUUUGCAGAGUGCGCCUGGCACGGCAACUAUCCCUCAACCAGGCUGCCAUGCGCCUCCAAGAGGAUUAUUCCAACGUUCUGUCAUAUCAGACGUUCCCGUUGGUCGAUAUUGCUCGGGCUGCCGGAGCAUCGAUGCGAGACUUGGCCUCCACGGCCGUCAACGUCCAAUAUAAGAGGUCAGCUGGUCAUUCUGAUGCGGAAGAGGACACCGCACUACAAAUGGCUCUGUUGCACGGGUUAGACCCGAUUCUGCAAGACGUCAUGCUGUAUGCCGAAUUCCAGGAGAAUGGUCAGAUAGAGGUGGCCAUGACCUACCGUCCAUCGCAGGUGUCCUCCUCUCUGGCAUCUCAAUUAGCCCAGUAUUUCGAUCUAGCCGUGGGAACUAUUCUCCAGAACAGAGACGGCUGUGUCGGUGAUUUGCAGCUCCUCAGCGUCCAGGACAAACAACGACUCCUGCAUUGGAACAAAACUCUACCAGAUCCUACCCGUAAAUGUGUGCAUGAGGCUAUUCGACAGCGAGCAGAGAAGCAGUCGGAAUGCGUUGCGGUAGCAGGUGCAGAGGGAGACUGGAGCUACAGGGAGCUAGAUCAGCUGGCAGCAAAGCUAGCCAGGUCAUUGACUCAGCAUGGGGUUACUGCAUCUCAGAGAAUACCCAUCUGCUUUGAGAAGUCGCGAUGGACAAUUGUUGCCAUGCUAGCAGUCCUGAAAGUGGGGGCCGUUCUGGUUCCUCUUGACCCUGCCCAGCCCGUGGCCAGGCUACAGGACAUAUGCCGUCGUGUUGACGCUGACUUGAUUAUAUCAUCGGUCAUCCAGGCAUUACAAAGCCGAGAGCUUGCACCAAAGGUGAUGGUGAUCGGUGAUAAUACCGGCGUGGAGAAUGGUAUUGGGGAAGAUGUUGGCCUUACGCAACCUGUGGACCCUGAACAGCCGGCGUAUAUACUCUACACCUCCGGCACCACUGGAUCCCCUAAGGGUGUCAUGGUAUCGCACAGAUCAUAUACCUACGCCGCGGAGGCUCAAAUCACUGGCUUCGAACUGGACCCUUCGUCCCGAGUCCUGCAGCUCUCUUCAUAUUCAUUCGAUGUCUCGAUGACGGAGAUCCUAACUACUCUGAUAGCCGGUGCUACCGUCUGCGUGCUCACAGAGCCCGAACAGAGUCAGAUGUUCUUAGAUGGCGCAUGUCCCUUCCCAGUGUCACAUGCCUUCCUGACGCCGUCAGCUGCGAGCGGGCUGGACGCCUCCAAGGCCUCGUCGUGGGUGCAGACCCUUGUUCUUCAGGGCGAGCCCAUGUCAGAUGUACAUAUCACUCAGUGGAGUGAACAGUGUCGUCUUGUGAACGGUUAUGGCCCGACAGAGUGCACGGUUUUUGCUACAAUGUCAUCACCCCUUAGCCCCAGACAUGAUCCCUGCGACAUUGGUUGUGCCUUGGGUGUCCACUGCUGGGUUGUUGAUAGGAACGACUACAGUAUACCUCUACCUGUCGGUGCCAUUGGAGAGUUGAUUCUCAGCGGCCCGUCCGUGGCGCAUGGUUACCUAAACGACCCAGAAAGAACAGCUGCAGCCUUCAUCCACGCGCCAAAAUGGCUACAAGACCUCUACCCGGGACAGUCAUCAUCCUGGCGACUUUAUAAAACAGGAGACCUGGUUCGCUACGAAAUAGCAGAUGGAUCUCUACGCUUUGAGGGCCGGAAAGACCGACAAAUAAAAGUACGUGGACAGCGCGUUGAACUCGGUGAUAUCGAGUAUCACACCUGGCAGACUUUUCCAGGUCAUAAAGAAGUGCUGGUCGAGCAAGUCAUGGUCCCCAAUGGCCCAUCAUCUACUCCCGGAUCAGGCUCAGUAGCUCCUCGACUGGUUGCUUGUGUACGAAUCGAUUCGAACAGUGAUACAGAUGAGAGUAUGUCCAAAGAACGCAAAGCUCUCCCAAUCCCUGGAGAAGACUUUCACGCGGCUGCCGCCGAAUGUAUACGACAACUCCGCGAUGUUCUACCUGUUUACAUGGUUCCGGACUUGAUGAUGCCCAUCAGCCAGGUGCCUUUGACAGCCUCUGGUAAAACGGACAGGGCCGAGCUGCGCAAGAUUCUGCGGUCCAUUUCACCGGAAGACUGGAGCGUAUACUCUGCAAUCCAAGGCAGCAAGAAGGCUUUGGCAAGUGAUACGGCGAAGAAAUUCCAUGCCAUUUUGACAAGGCUCCUGAACAUUCCCCCAGAAGCAGUCGACGCAGAUGACAGUUUCCUCCACUUUGGUGGAGACUCGAUCCUCGCCAUGAAGAUUGCCGCCAACGCGCGAGCUGAGGGCCUGGAGAUCAGCUCUAAUGAUGUUCUUCGAUAUCCAACCAUUUCGGAAUGGGCCAACAUUGUCGAUAGCCAUCGUGGAACCGGAUCUUACGCUGGGCAACAUGCCCCCUUCUCGCUCAUCCAGGAUCAUGAACGUGUUGCCAUUCUCUCUUCGCACUUUUCACGGGAACAUCCCUUCACCCCAGAGAAUGUAGCAGAUAUUCUUCCGGCUCUCGACUUUCAAAAUUUCUACAUCACGCACUCCUCGCCGGUUUCUACCGCCCACGUUUUCCCGGAUACCUUGGAUGUAGAUCGACUCCGAACGGCAUGUAAGCGGGCGAUGGUUCACCACAGCAUCCUGCGAACAGUCUUUGUGGACUUCAACGACUCUCUCUUCCAGGUCGUCUUAGGAGAGGUGGAUCCAGUAUUCGAACACAUUAUAUAUGAUGAACCAGAGGACUACAUCAUGCAGAAAUCGCAAGAAAAGCUGCCCAGCUCUACCGAUCGAGGAACUCUUCCCGUCGGGUUCACUCUCGUCACCAGCCCCACCAAGAAGGCUUCCGUACUUAUCCUCAGAGUAUCACAUGCUCAGUACGAUGGAACCUCCCUACCUUUGCUAUGGGAGGCGGUGGCGAUCGCCUAUCGAGGAGAGGUUCUCCCAAAGACGUUGCAGUUCAGAGAGGUGGUCUACAAUCGGCUCCGGGAUGACAAUAAGGAUGCCUACUCUUUCUGGCGUAGUUACCUGCAGGGGGUGCACCCGGCUAUACUCGAUCCAUUCGAUAUUAGCAGCGUCCCCGUGAGGUCGGAAAAACACACCAGCGCAAGAAGGGAGGUCGAACAUCCCCAGCUUUUGCCCAAUGUGACUGUUGCCUCGCUGGCAAAGGCCGCUCUGUCCUGGGUUCUAUCGGAACAGAUUAACAGCUCGGAUGUCAUUCUAGGUCAGGUCGUUCAUGGCCGUGGUGCACCCCUUCCCAAUGUCGAUAAAGUCCUUGGGCCCUGUCUCAACCUGCUCCCUGUUCGAGUCAUGAUCGACCACGAGAUGACAGUACAGGAUCUGGUUUACCAUGUGCAAGCCCAGCAGCUGGAAACCUUCACUUAUGACUACGUAUCGUUUGACAGCAUCGUGGAAAAAUGCACCAGCUGGUCCGGCAAACCCAAGCUUGGAUGCCUUGUCCACCACCAAGGCGUUGAAUUCGACGAGCCCUUGGACAUGGAUGGUGUGUGCUCCAUCUCCAACUCCAGCUGGGCCAACUCCAAACUGGCACAAGGCCAGGUGGGCGUGGUUACGAUUGAGCGCGGGCCACACCUGGGCAUCAUGAUCAUGGCUGCCGAGGACAUGAUGGAUCUGCCUGCUGCGGAAAGUCUGGCUGAGCGGCUUGCCCGUACAAUUGAAGUGUUCUCUAAGAGUCCUGAGACUCCUCUGGCUGAACUGGUAAAAGUGUAA